AAGUAAGAUAUGGAUUUUUUCUAAAGUCAUUCUGUAUAUGUAAUAUUUCUGUAUAGAAAUGGGUAAUGGAUUACAUACAUGGUGUGAAGAAAUGGCUCCUUUUACUGCUGUUCAGCGUCGAAGCAGCGUCCCACUCCCUCCAAUACAUCAUCACUGCAACCACUCCAGGAAGAGAUUUCCCAGAAUACACUGUGGUUGGUCUGGUGGAUGGAGAGCAGUUUGUGUACUAUGACAGCAACAUCAAGAAGAUGGUUCCAAAGACGGGGUGGAUGAAGAAGAAUGAGGGUGAAAAGUACUGGAACAGAGAGACACAGAAGCAGGACGGAGCUCAAGAGAUCUUCAAGGCUAAUCUGGAUAUUUUAAUGAAGAGAUUUAAUCAGACAGACCGGGUUCACACGUUACAGAGGAGGUCUGGCUGUGAGCUGGGUGAAAAUGGCUCUGUCAGAGGAUACUUCCAGUUUGGUUAUGAUGGAGAAGACUUCCUCAUUCUGGAUAGGAGCACGUUAAGCUGGACUGCAGCUCAUCAGAAAGCUGUUAGUACCAAACUCAAGUGGGAGGCUGCUGGAGAUCCAAAUUUCAGGAAGCACUAUCUGGACAACGACUGUGUCGACUAUUUAAAGAAGUAUGUGGAAUACGGCAGAUCCACUCUGGAGAGGAAAGUCUCUCCUGAGGCGUCUCUGUUCCAGAAGGACUCUUCUUCUCCAGUGGUGUGUCAUGCUACAGGUUUCUUCCCCAAAGCAGUGAUGAUCUCCUGGCAGAAGAAUGGAGAGGAUCUGCAUGAGGACGUGGAGCUCAGAGAGACGCUACCCAACCAGGACGGAACCUUCCAGAAGAGGAGCGUUCUGACUGUCUCACCUGAGGAGCUGAACAAACACGACUACACCUGCAUCAUUCAGCACAGCAGCCUGGAGAAGGAGAUGGUGCUGCAGGUGUCUAUUCAAGCCCUGCCAGGAGACAGAAAUCCAUUAGAUGGUGUGUUAGUCCUGGUCAUCAUUGUUGUUGUGGCUGGUCUUCUCCUUAUCUGCAUUGUCCAUUUUGGAGUUCUCAUUUGGUCUGCCUCUGGAGGCAACUCCAGGAGUCUUCAUGCUGCUUUGACAGAGUGAAUCUUUCUUAUCCGGUGAUAUAGAAGCUAUUUCAGUGUCACAUAUCAACAUUCAGUAUGUGGUCACUUAGUUAAUCGUCCUCAUGGUCAUAGAAAAUCAUGAUGAUGUUAACUCUGUAGUACUGCACAUCUGUCUAAUCUGUAUUUUCAGAUUGAAGGAAAAUUGUGCUUCUGUGAUACUGUAAGCCCUACGCAUACUCUGCAUACAAUGCAGCCUGAUGUGCACCUCCCCCAACUGAUUGGUCUGCUUGGUAGCAUUUCCUCCUAUGCAUGUCUGGUUUCUUUUUCUUUGCCUCUGUGUUUAAAUUCGGUUGAGAGUAACAGGUGCUCUGCUAUCACAAGUAUAAAUGAUAAGACCAAACCUGUUCUGUAGUGUUUUAAGCUGUAGCCUGCUAGGCUAAGCUAAUGUGAAUGUAGCAAGGCUUCCACUGCAGUACAUCAGUUCCAGUGAACUGAUGCCUAAAAACACUCAUUUAGGAUAUAAAUACUCAUGUCUGAGAGCACAAUUUUGAAUGUGUGGUGUUGAAGUGAUAGAGAUGUCAUAAAAUAUAGAAUCGGUGUAAUUGCAGAGUUAUACAGAAACACCAAUGUACAGGUGUAAACAGUCACAACGGUGUAGGCCACCUCUGUAGGCUACAAUGUAGACUCUGCAUUGAUUCAAGGGGGGCAAAUUGGCCUUGAAAAUCUGUGAAAAUCACUGUGAAAUUCACUGUGUUUGUAGAGUGCUUGAUCCUUGGAAAAGCAGCACAUCACCUUUGUGGACUGAACCGCUGGUGUUGUGUCUGGGUGCAAGUUUGUUUUGUCUGUAAGAUUUAUGGAAGGGGCGGGGUAAGCCUUUACUAGGAGAGGUUUAGCUACUUGGUUCCUCAGGAGAACCAAAAUGUCUGUUGAUAAUAAUGUUUUGAGUAGUAGAAUGUGGAAAAUUGAGUCUAUUCAGUUAAGUUGGCACACAGUAGAUCUGUCUUUUAAUAGUUUGCAGGCACAGAUGUAAUAUUAGAUACCAGAUUAGGACCUGGUCCUUCAGCCCUGAGUCUCUCCCUCUCCUACUCUAAUCUAAGGCCUCUACUGGUGUAACUGUUUUGAAACAUGUUUGAAUGCAAAAUGUUUCUGAACGCAUUUACAUUCUUAUAUGAGGUACAGAAAAGUGGCUAGGCUAUACAGCUAGCUGACGAGCCAACUAUUUAAAAAAACUGUAAAGGUCUCUAUAGUGUGCAUGAGAGAAAGAGAUAAAAAGAUACAUAGAGAGAAAAAGAAAUAAACAGCUCUUUAAAACUCAGCACGUUGCACUUUCAACUUCUUGUGUUUUUGAGGCCUAGUGACGCCCCGUCAGCUGUUAGUAAUGGUUUAAAUGUUGUAUCCACUGCUGAAUUGGUGGGGAGGGACCUGUGAUGCUGUCUAAUUCUCUUUCUUUCUCCACUGUCUCUCUUGUAUUUUACUCACAUAUUUCUUUUUAUUAUUCUCAGUUAUUGUUACUUAACUUGUUUUUUUUUGGUUUACUCUGCAGAGAACACUGCUCUGCACAUUUUAUUUCACAAUUACUGUUUAUUUACUGAAUUUAACAUACUGGAGAAAAUAACACUUAUUUAAUAGCAACACCAAAAUGAUGCAGAGAACAGAUAACAUGUCUUUGUUUAUUUGACGGCUUGUUUGUCUAAUAUUUACUUCUGUGGAUGUUUGUGAUCUGAGGCAGUCAGAGGCCCCUGGGCACCGGCCUCAUUGUCCUGGUCUGUGAUCCACCUCUGCUCUUUGUUGAUGUUAUUUGUAAUAGUUCUUUCUAAGUAAAUUUUCGUUAUAAUAUUGUAUGUUUGUGAUUAAAAGUAUUUGAAUCCUGA